CUUGGUUGUUGAAUACUCCCAAAAGAGUUUUUUCCGUCGUAAAUGACUGCCGGCCUUCAGAAUUUAAUCAGUGACUUUCAACUCAUAGUGACUAAGUCAAUGACUUGGACGUUUUUCACUAAUUGAGUCAUAUAGCAAGCGUUUCAAGGGGAAAUGAUGAUUCGCCAUAUAGUAUCUCGUCAGCUUCUAUGGAGAUUUAUUAAUUGUGCUCUUUGAUCGUUUCACCAAAUUUCUUUAGUUGCCGGAAAAAGUUAAUAAGCUCUUCAUAAACAAAAUGCAACCCGACGUCCGGAAAAAAAUAGGCAUGUCUUCAUCCUUUUAUCACUCUUUCAUAUUAAGUCUCAUAUUCAUCCUUCAACUCAUCCAUCAUGCAUACAGUCAUGGACGUCUAAUAGAGCCUCCAUCUAGAUCCAGUAUGUGGAGAUUUGGUUUCAAGACAAAACCUAAUUAUAAUGACAAUGAAUUGUUCUGCGGGGGAUAUACGGUUCAAUUUCAGAGGAACGGAGGGAAAUGUGGGGUUUGCGGAGAUGCUUGGCACUUACCAUCCCCUCGACCCAAUGAGGCCGGGGGUGUAUAUGGGAGAGGAAUCAUCUCAAGAAAAUACAAACCUGGACAGGUUAUUAAGUCAACAGUGGAAAUUACAGCCAAUCAUAGAGGAUUCUUUCAAUUUAAGCUUUGCCCGCACAACAACCCAUCCACUGUUGUUAAACAAGAUUGCUUAGAUCAAUAUCCCUUAGAAGUGGCUGACGGAUCAGGGAAUAAAUAUUACCCUUCAGCAGGAACUGGCCCAUUCAGCGUACAAUUAAUAUUGCCAGAACACAUAUCUUGUUCCCAGUGUGUGUUCCAGUGGACUUACACAGCAGGUAACAACUGGGGUCGGUGCGAAAAUGGAACUUCCAAAGUAGGCUGUGGACCCCAAGAAACAUUUAGGGGUUGUGCUGAUGUGGCAAUCGGUGAUGUAGAAAGCAACGACAUUCCAUCCUACAAUGAAAGACCACCUGACAAACCCUCCAUAUCAGCUAUUCCACCUAGAAGACCUGAUGAACCAAGAUACCGACCACGACCUAGACCAACUAGACCCAAUUACCGACCUACAUCCUCUGUCCGUAGAAGACCAAAUUACAACGGUGUUCAAACUUCCACAACUCAAAAACCAAAUGUCAGAAGAACAAGACCUAGAAGGCCAAAUCUCUCUAAUGUUCCUUCCAGAAAACCACAAUCGCCCCGAACAAGGAGGCCGGUCCAUAUUACGAGACCCUCACCUUACAGACCUAUUUACACUCCAAGACCAACACCAUACAGACCAACUUACACCAAGAUGUCUUACACCAAAAAGCCUAGGCCUACUUACAAGCCUAAAAUGCAACCUAAGAAGACCACAAAUAUCGAAAGAGAAGACGGUGGAGGGUGCAGAGCUGUUGGUGUGUGGGCUUCUAUAUCUGGAAUUGCAAGCUGGUGUGAUUCGAAUUGUGCUAGAGGAUACUGUCCCAGUUCGCAUUGUGACUGCAGCUAACUUAUUGCGGAAAACUGUUAUUCUCUUAAACACAACGGUCAAUAGAUCAUUGUGGUCAGCAGAUUUCAAAAUUUAAUUUAACUACCUUUUUUUAACCAUUUUAAGGACAAUUAAUGGUAAAAGAGAUUGAUUUUAAUAUUUUUCUCUAAUUCAAGGAAUAUCAUUAAACUUACAUUCUGUUUUCUUUUAAUAACUAUGUUAGGCGCACUAUUAAAAUGUAAGCAUCCGUACACAAACUGGUAUGCUUUGUAUGGAUUUUUAGCACAAAAUACAUUUUGUGGGCUCUUGUAUCUUGAGUUGUAAGCUUGUGGGAUUCGAGUUUUAACUGAAAAUAUUUCCCGGUUGUUUAAAUUUAAAUCGUGACAGCAGUUAUUUUAAUUUUUAAAAAAUUUGUCAUUUUAAUGUUUUAUUGUGAAAUCAGAGUUGAAUUUGAACAUUGCACUGAACUUAAAUAUGUACCUAUAUUAAAGCUCCAUCUUAUUUUUCCGAAAAAAGAAAUAUGUUAGAUAAAAUAGAAUAUAUAUAACUAUUUUAUUCAUAAACAUGUGAAACGUAGUACGCAUAAUAUAAUAUAUUCAGAUAGACAUAGCAAAUUUUUAAUACCAUCAAACUAUUUAACGAAAGAAUUUCUAAUCAUUUAAGCCUUUUUUUU